AUGUCGGCGACUCAGUUACAGACUUUGACGUCAGUUAGUGAGCUGCGGGAUGGCAGCGAGACGCAGAGCAUAGCCGAGAACGCGCAGUCUUCAGAAUCCCAUGACAGGCUCGGGGCGUCACGCUGGGCGGUUCUCUCCGCUGCCUUUGGCAUCACCUUCAUCGCCGUGGGCAUGCCCAACUCUUUUGGCGUUUUCCAGGAAUACUACGAAUCGACGCUGUUCCCCAACAAGCCAUCGCCUGAGAUCAUCAUCAUUGGCUCGCUGUCGUCCAGUCUUUACAUGAUCCUUGGCGCCUUUACAGGGCGGCUUGCCGACGUGGUAGGGUACCAGGUCGUCCUGAUUUCAGGGUCUGUUCUCAUCGUCGGCGGUCUCUUUGCCGCGUCAUUUUCAAACCAGUUCUAUCAGCUUGUGCUCUCCCAAGGAUUGGCAUUCGGUCUCGGCACAGCUCUCGUAUACUAUCCUGCCGUCAGUAGUUCCGGGCAGUACUUCCGACGCCAUGGUCUUGUCAACGGGGUCGUGCUCUCGGGAGGCGCUCUCGGAGGCUGCAUUGGCCCGUACUCCGUCCGCAUCAUGAUCCAACGGCUGGGCCUACCAGCCACCUUUCGCACGCUGGCCGCCAUGUCAGCCGGUGUCCUGACCUUCUCCUGCAUUGCCUUCACGCAGGCCAGGAGGCGACCGCGGCCCCGGAGCCGGAAGCUCAUCGACCUCCGCCUGCUGCGCGACACCCGUUUCCUCGUCAUCCUCGUCUCCGGCACCGUGGCCAUGACGGGGUUCCUGCCUCGGUAUUUCAUCAUUCCGGCCUCGGCCGUGUCGCAGGGCAUCGACAAGGGGUACGCCGCCUGGCUGCUCGGCCUCAUGAACGGCCUCUCGAUCAUCGGUCGCCUGGCUGUCGGCUCGUUCGCCGACAGGUACGGCAAGCUGACGGCGUUGAUCACGAGCUUUGUCCUCUGCGGCGUCGGCCACGUCGUCUUCUGGCUGCCGGCCGUCAUGGUUGGGGACGAGGACGAGAAGCCCGUCGCACUGAUGACGCUGUUCGUCAUAUUUGUUGGCCUCCUCGGCUCCGGCUUCGUCAGCCUCAUCCCGGUCGUCAUGUCUGACCUGUUUGGGGCCGAGGAUCUGGCUUCCAAGGUGGGACUGCUGAACAGCAUCAUGGGGCUCGGAGCCUUUGCGGGCCCGAGUGCCGUGUACUUGUGA